UCCUCCCUCCGGCUUACACCCUCCCUCCCACUGCUCCGGAGGAAUAUCCCAGCCUGCUCCCAAGUGCAGCUGAGCACCCGGGGCAGGACGGAGCCACCCCCAGCACUGUCCGCGCCCACCGGGCUGGGAGGGCAGGGGACAGCCGAGUUUGUGUGCCCGGGCCACGCUCCCGCUCGCCUGCUCGGCUCCGGUGGCUGAAUUGCCCGGGAUGGGGUCCCCGCACUGGAAAAGGCUCUGCCUUUUGCUGCUGGCAGGUUUAACAUCCUCCCUGCUCCUCUACAGUCACUACCACGCUACGGUGGAGGCGCCCACCAGCCAGAGGAUCAUAGCCAGCUUGCUGCAGCCAGAGCCGCUGGUCCUGGCUCCCUCAGGGACCCCGCACGGAGCCGGCAGCCGCAGGUGGGCUCUUGGAGGCAGCUCAGAGGGUGGGAAUUCCUUCAAGCCUUCUGCUGAGCUGGAGGAGCCGGAGCCCAGCAGGAAGCAGCCCAGCCCCUGCCCCCUCUCAGUGAUGGCCAGAGCAAAGGCAGACCCUAAGUUUCGGGAGAUCUUCCGCUUCAACACCCCCGUGCUGAUGUGGGACCAACACUUCACCCUGGAGACCUGGAACAGGCUGAAGGCACGACACGUCCCCUACGGCUGGCAGGGCUUGUCCCCCGCAGUGGUGGGCAGCACCCUCCAGCUCCUCAACGCCUCGGCCAACCGGCACCUCUUCGACAGGGCCGCCUUCCCCGGGGGCUGCGUCCGCUGUGCCGUGGUGGGCAACGGCGGCAUCCUCAACGGCUCACGGCAGGGCAAGGCCAUCGACAGCCACGACCUGGUCUUCAGGCUCAAUGGGGCCGUGAUCAAGGGCUUUGAGGAGGAUGUCGGCACCAAGGUCUCCUUCUACGGCUUCACGGUGAACACCAUGAAGAACUCCCUCAUCUCCUACGAGGAGUACGGCUUCACCCAGAUCCCCCAGGGCAAGGACCUGAAGUACAUCUUCAUCCCCUCGGAUGUCCGUGACUACGUCAUGCUGAAAUCAGCCAUCCAGGGCAGCCCAGUGCCCGAGGGCUCGGACAAGGGGGACCAGCCACAGAAGUAUUUUGGACCUGAGGCAUCUGCAGAGAAGUUCAAGCUGCUGCAUCCCGAUUUCUUGCAGUACCUGACAGCAAGGUUCCUGCGAUCAGAGAUCCUGAACACCCAGUAUGGCUCCCUCUACAUGCCCAGCACUGGUGCCCUCAUGCUCCUCACUGCACUCCACACCUGCGACCAGGUCAGUGCCUACGGGUUCAUCACAGCCAACUACGAGCAGUUCUCAGACCACUACUUCGAGGUGGAGAAGAAGCCUCUGGUGUUUUAUGCCAACCAUGACAUGAUGCUGGAGGCAGCGCUGUGGAGGAGCCUGCACCGCGCAGGGAUCAUCACCCUCUACCAGCGCUGAGGCCAUGUCCCCACAGGGGCAGGACUCUUGUGCCUCUUCUCCUUUUUCUGAGGGUCACCUUCUCCCUCCUGAGGGCUCUUCCCAGCUGGCCAGCCAGCCCAUGGAGCAGGCUUGCUGCACACAGCCAGCAGUGAUGUGAGGAUAACGGGGAAGCUGAAGCUGGUGGAGAAUUGUUGCAUUUCCUCAGGUAUCAGUGUGAUUGAACAUGGCCUUUGGGGCAGCCAGCAGCACCACAGCGCGUGGCUGUGUGCUGCCAGCCCCAUGAACGUGGCUGUGGGGCAGCAGUGGCCCCUGUAGAGCACAGGAAGGACAGGGUGAUGCUGGAAGAGGAUGCUGGAAAACGCCCUUGACCUUAAAUGCUCAUGACCAUGGUAAAUCCUUGCACUGGAGACCAGGUGACAGGAGGUGAUGAGUCUGGAGAACACGUCCCUCCAGAAAGACUGCAGAAAGUCCCAGCUCCAGCCAGCUGUUUGUGGAUGUGUGUGACAUUCCAGAAGGCUCUGUUUGCCCCCCUGGUCAGUGGCACAGACAGCAGGACAGACACAGUGGGCCCUGUCACUGUCCCCUUCUUGAGGUCUGCUGUUUUCUGACAAGGAAGGGGCUCAAAAGCCAUCACUACAAGGAGGGUCACAGCAGCUCAGCCAGGACACCAGGAACACAUCCAGGCUCUGAGCAGCCAGGGGUGGCACUGGGUUUGUUGGCCUUUUCUUGCACAGGGACUCUGGUGCCCUCUGAGAGGCACAUCAGGUGGGUCAAAGUGAUGAUCACUCUUUUGAUUUCCUUCCCCAAACCCCAAGGUGGGGGAGGGUCCUGAACCCUUCAGCUGUCCCUCACACACCAGGCUGCUCAGGGAGACCCACCUGGGGAGGCUUCUCCAGCUGCUGGGGGCUGGAGACAGAGCAGUGUAAUCCAAGACACUUUCCCACUUUGUGUAAUUACAUAAAUGUUGAAUGAUUGUUUUCCUUAA